AUGACCUCGUCCGACAAUUCAUCAGCUCCAAGCUUCUAUGCCAUCUCGAGUUCUGCUCGCCAGCUCUUCCUCCUUCUCAGAUGUAUAAGUUUUGCUCCCAAGGCGCAAGUCCAAAUCACAAAGGAGGGAAUUCGGCUCUCUGCUGAAGACUCACGUGUAAUGCAAGGGCUUGCUUUCCUCGAUAAGAGCCUUUUCUCAACGUAUAAUUAUAUUCCCCCUCGAAAAUCUUCGCAUCAAGCAACGAAUGAUGCUGGUGAUGAUUUAGAAAGCGAUGACGACGAACUUGACCUUCCGCCAUUCCAAAUUUCUCUCCCGGCUCUCCUUGAGACUCUACAGAUUUUCGGUUUCUCGGAGACCAAGGAUCGAUGGUCGUCAAGAGACUCGCCUUAUGCAGGUGGCAUGAAUGGCGCAUUUCCCCGCGCUGGCUCUGCCGCGGCUUUUGACACGCGCGUCCUUGGGAUGACAGGCGUUUGCCGUCUCAGCUACAGUGGCAUUGGGGAGCCAUUAUGCAUCAUUUUAGAGGAGUCGGGGGUUACCACAACAUGCAAACUCGUAACCUAUUCGCCAGAAGCUCCUGAAGAAAUACCAUUGCGGAGAGACAGACUUGCCCAGAAAAUAAUCAUGAGAUCCUCAUGGCUCCAUGAUGCGAUUAAUGAAUUGUCAUCGACUUCUCCAACUCGUCUGACAAUAACAGCAUCGCCAACUGCCCCAUAUUUCAUGCUUUCUUCAAGUGGACCUCUGGGUUCUGCCACUGUGGAAUUCUCAAAAGAUCCCAAAUUAUUGGAGACUUUCCAAGUCAACCGCCGCUCAGUCAAUACGUAUAAGUAUUCGUUGAUUAGAGCUACUACUAAAGCCAUGGCAAUCGCGAGCAAAGUGAGCAUCCGAUGCGACGAGCAAGGUGUGCUCAGUCUUCAAUUUAUGAUUGAAGUAGAAGGGGGUGGUGUGAGCUUCGUUGAUUUCAGGUUUGUUCCUUUUCUCCCGGAAGAAGCUGAUGAGGAGGCUCCGGAUGACGAGGGCGGAGAGGAAUCUGAAGAGUAUGACGAAGACGAAUGA